AUGGAGAAAACCGGAGCACCUGGAGGAAACUGGAGCACCUGGAGGAAAACGGAGAAAACUGGAGGGAACUGGAGGAAACUGGAGAGAACCAGAGCAUCUAGAGGAAACCAGAGAGCACCUGGGGGAAAACGGAGAAAACUGGAGGGAACUGGGGGAAACUGGAGAGAACCGGAGCACCUGGAAGAAACUGGAGCACCUGGAGGAAUCUCAAGAGAACCUGGAGGAAACUGGAAAGCACCUGGAAGAAAAUUGAGCAACUGGGGAAAAACUAGAAAGCACCUGGAGGAAACCGUAGCACCUGGAGGAAACCGUAGCACCUGGAGGAAACUGGAGCGCAGCUGGAAGAAACUGGAGAGCACCACUGGAGCACCUGGAGGAAACUGGAGCACCUGGAGGAAUCUGAAGAGUAACUGGAAGUAA